GGUGGCUGUGGUGGAAAUGGCUCAUCUGCUCUCUGCUUUCUCUGUUUCUCAGGAGCGGCGGCAUGGAGGCUCUCACCACUCAGCUGGGGCCGGGGCGCGAGGGCAGCUCUUCGCCCAACUCCAAACAAGAGCUGCAGCCUUACUCGGGCUCCAGCGCCCUCAAACCCAACCAGGUGGGCGAGACGUCGCUGUACGGGGUCCCUAUCGUGUCACUGGUCAUCGACGGCCAGGAGCGCCUGUGCCUGGCGCAGAUCUCCAACACUCUCCUCAAGAACUACAGCUACAAUGAGAUCCACAACCGCCGCGUGGCCCUGGGCAUCACGUGCGUGCAGUGCACGCCGGUGCAGCUGGAGAUCCUGCGCCGGGCCGGAGCCAUGCCCAUCUCGUCGCGUCGCUGCGGCAUGAUCACCAAGCGCGAGGCCGAACGCUUGUGCAAAUCUUUCCUGGGCGAGCACAAGCCACCCAAGCUGCCCGAGAACUUCGCUUUUGAUGUAGUGCACGAGUGCGCUUGGGGCUCCCGCGGCAGCUUCAUCCCUGCGCGGUACAACAGCUCCCGGGCCAAGUGCAUCAAGUGCGGGUACUGCAGCAUGUACUUUUCGCCCAACAAGUUCAUCUUCCACUCUCACCGCACUCCCGACGCCAAGUACACCCAGCCGGACGCCGCCAACUUCAACUCUUGGCGCCGUCACCUCAAGCUCAGUGACAAGUCGGCCACGGACGAACUGAGCCACGCUUGGGAGGACGUCAAGGCCAUGUUUAACGGUGGCACGCGCAAACGGACCUUCUCGCUACAAGGAGGUGGCGGAGGCGCUAACGGAGGAUCGGGCGGGCAGGGGAAGGGGACUGGCGGUGGCUACGUGAGCCCGGACUUCCUGAGCGAGGGCAGCUCCAGCUACCACUCCGCCUCGCCCGAUGUGGACACUGCGGACGAGCCUGAGGUGGACGUGGAAUCCAACCGCUUCCCCGACGAGGAGGGCGCCCAGGACGAGACCGAGUCCAGGGCGCCUAGCGCACCCAGCGCGGGAGGUGGCCCAGACGGUGAUCAGUCCGCUGGACCCCCGUCUGCCACCUCCUCAGGCGCGGACGGCCCCACGGACUCUCCCGAUGACAGUAGCCCCCGCCCCCGGCGCCGCCUCGGGCCUCCUCCUGGUCGGUCGGUGUUCGGGGACUUGGCGGCCGACGACGCGGUGCGAAGACCCGAGAGGAGUCCGCCGAGCGGCGGAUACGAGCUACGAGAGCCUUGCGGGGCCCUGGGAGGCCCAGCGACGGCCAAGGCAUCCGUGCAGUUGCCCGGCUGCUCUCCGCAGGCCCAGCCGCGGCUCCCUGGAGCUGGGCUAGCUGGGUCUCUGGGUCGCUGGGACCGCUGGUUCCGGAAGAUCCCGGCGCGGUGGGUGGGGGCGGUGCGCGGGCCUGAGGACCUGUGUGCUUUGUUCUGUUGGUGCGAGUGGGGAGAGCCCGGCAGAAACCGCCAGAAUCCAGAAAGUGCUAGGCGCCUGGCCGCGCGCUUGGGUACCCCGGAGGCUCCGGUGAAGCUGGAGCUGCGGGGCACACCGGGGACUGGAGGAGCAGAGAAGGAGCCCGGGCCUCGGAAAUCUGGGCGGGCAGAGGCAGCCUCGCCCAGGACAGUGCCCCGCCACCACCACCCGAAAGGUCGCCGCCUGGGCUGCGGUCUCCGCCGGAGUAUCGCAGACAGACCCGGCAACCUCGCGCGCUCGCGGUGCCCCAGUAGUUGCGCGCGAUGGCUAGGGCGCCCCAACCGCGGCAGCUCUGGCUGUAUCGGGGUCACGGUUUCUUUGCCUCUCCUUGAAACUCGGUUUAUUGCCUUUAAAGAGCCAGAUAAGGAAGACAAUCACUCGACAGCCGACGAUUUGGAAACGAGGAAAUCCUACUCAGACCAAAGGAGUGUCUCCCAGCUCAGUCCCGCAAACACAGACCGAGGGGAAGACGGGCUUGCCUUGGAUGUCACAGGAACCCAGCUGGUGGAGAAAGAUAUUGAAAACCUGGCCAGAGAGGAAUUGCAAAAACUGCUUCUGGAGCAAAUGGAGCUCCGCAAGAAGCUGGAGCGAGAAUUUCAGAGUCUCAAAGAUAAUUUUCAGGAUCAAAUGAAGAGGGAAUUGGCUUAUCGAGAAGAAAUGGUGCAACAGCUGCAAAUUGUCAGAGACACCCUGUGUAACGAACUGGACCAGGAGCGGAAGGCACGCUAUGCCAUCCAGCAGAAAUUAAAAGAAGCCCACGACGCCCUGCACCACUUCUCCUGCAAGAUGCUGACGCCCCGCCACUGCACCGGCAACUGCUCCUUCAAGCCCCCGCUGUUGCCGUAGGGC